AUGGGCCUCGUUAUGUGGCUCUUGCUUUUAGUCACCAUGGCCACUGCCAUGACCACCUCAUCAUUCAGUGCUGCCAACUCUACGGUUACGACUUCUACAACCACAGUACCUACCAGUGUAACGCCUGCUCCAUCCACGACUGGAGAUCGGCUUGUCUUCUGCCAUUUCAUGAUUGGAAUCACUAGCAACCGCCAAAGUUCCAGCGACUAUGAUGACGAUAUGAAACGCGCCAAAGAUUUAGGCAUUGACGCGUUUGCCUUGAAUAUCGGAACAGAUUCAUACACGGACACCCAGCUUGGGUACGCGUACGACUCUGCUUCUCAUAAUGGGAUGAAAGUAUUCCUCUCCUUUGAUUUUAACUGGUGGGCCACGUCCCAAGGCUCUGCCGUCGGAGCGAAAAUUAAACAAUACGCCGACCACCCUGCCCAGCUUUCUGUCGACGGCAAGGUCUUUGUAUCAUCCUUCGCUGGGGACGGGGUCGAUAUUAGCGCGAUGACAUCAGCAGCAGGCCAAGAUCUUUUCUUCGCGCCAAACUUCCAUCCCGGUCAGGGCGAUUUCAGCGCUAUCCAGGGUGCGUUGAACUGGCUAGCUUGGCCUAACAAUGGAAAUAAUAAAGCUCCAACACCCGGGCACAACGUUUCUGUGGAAGAUGGGGAUAACGCUUAUAUCGCCGCAUUGAAAGGAAAGCCUUACAUCGCACCGGCUUCCGCCUGGUUCUCGACGCAUUUUGGGAGUGAAGUUUCUUAUAGCAAGAACUGGGUAUUUCCCUCAGACUUGCUGUGGUUCAAUCGUUGGGAAGAGAUUCUCAGUCUCAAGCCUCGCUUCAUUGAGAUAAUCACAUGGAAUGAUUACGGUGAAUCUCAUUAUAUCGGUCCGCUGUCCUCGCCCCAUACUGAUGAUGGCUCCUCUAAGUGGGUCAUGGACAUGCCCCAUACCGGCUGGCUAGAGAUGUCUGAGCCGUUUAUUGCAGCCUACAAGGCAGGCAGCCAGAACGUAUCAGAUUACAUUCAGGAUGAGAAGUUAAUCUAUUGGUACCGACCGACUCCGCGCAGCCUAGACUGUGAUGCCACGGAUACAACUAUGGGAGGUAACCCCAAUAACGCCAGUGGGAAUUUUUUCCGGGGCCGACCGAAUGGAUGGGAGACGAUGGCCGACGAGGUAUUUGUGGUCGCCCUACUCAAGUCCCCGGCCACCGUCCAGGUGCAGUCAGGAAACCAGUCACAGCAGACAUUCCAAGCCCCUGCAGGAGCUAGUGCAUGGACGGCACCGAUGGGAGUGGGAAAGCAGCAAUUCUCGGUGACGCGUGGAAACCAAACUUUGCUAUCUGGGACAAGCCUGAAUGAUAUCGUCGACACCUGCAUCUGCGGUAUCUACAACUUCAAUGCUUACGUGGGAACUCUCCCAGCACCAAAGUCAAUCGACCAACUUCAAUCGGCAGGACUGGCCGAGAUAUCACAAGGCCUGAAGGCCCCAUGCCCAACGAACACCUUGGGUGCGACAUCUACUAGUAGCGUCAGCCAGCGGCGCAAAUGGUGA